AUGGGCUGGGACGAGAAGGGAAUCCAUUGCGGUGUGUGGAUUAACCAUACCGAAGUGGACGUUAUCUUCCAGUACAAGAAUGAUGUCCGUCGAUUCCACAUGAGGGACAAGUGGGGUGAUUGGGGAUACGGAAUCAAUUUGUUUCUCGGCGAUGAUGUGACGCCAACCAGCACCACCGUCAACCCCUGGAGCAGCACGGAUAUGAAAGUCAAAGGCGGAACGGCUGAGAAGUUUGAAUUCCGAGUUGUGCGCAAUGGCAAGACCCUAGUCUCUCGUUGGCAGGACAUCAAUGCGUACACUGGCAAUCUCGGCGAUGGCGAUAUGGGCAAGGUCCCUGGCGAGCAGAAGAUUACCAUUGCCGAUGGCCUCAUUAUCCAGUAUACCUUUUAUGACGCAGGCAACUAUCACACUGACGACCUGCCGAGCGCCCAUCAGUGCUAUGUUACUGUCGCUCCAGAUCGGUCAGCGUGGAUGGCCGUGGUAAUGCCACCUGGAUCACCGACUGCGCAAAAGCCGUUCCAUCGCUUUGUUCUACCCGCUGCCCAUAACUUCGGCUUCAAUACUAUGGACAAUUGUGCGGUAAUAGCGAGUAAACUAGGGCCUGCAGCCCUUGUCACUGAGGUCCUGCUCCCUCUCCUUGGUCCCCUGGGCUUCAUAGGACAUUUGGGCCCGAUUGCCGCGUCAAAGGCACUGGGCAUUAUGGAGGCGACGUCGCGCAACCAGAAAGACAACGUCCCAGAUCAGUUGGCAAUGGGGGCUCGGUUCUUUGAAGUGCGAGCAUCCCGACUCAACCCGCAAUUGCGCAGCUUGACCGGCCUCAAUGACUUGUAUUUUCACCACGGCAUGCUUCCAGGUCAGCCAAUCCUCACCUUUUUCCAGGACGCCGUCAACUUCCUGUGCGCGCAGCGGACCGAGAUCAUCGUGGUCUGGUUUACCUGGAACCAAUGGAGCGAAGCCAACCCCGAGCCCGAAACCGUGUUGAAAAUGCUCCAGGACUGCUUUAAUGAUGCCAAAACUAAAGGUGUGACGCUGGAACGAGGCACGUUCGCGGAUUUGGAUCGCCCAGUCGACACAUUGCGCCAGGAAAACAAGCGCUUUAUCUUGUCUUUUAAGAACGAUGGUUACAACCCUUACGACAACUUCGAUACGAAGCGGCAUGCCGUCGCUGACGGCUCUGGAAUUAUCACUGAACUCAGCGAGAUGUCGGCUGAGAAACAAAAGGGAACACCCAUGACUUAUUUGCAGUGUCAAACUACCAUGAGCUCGAAUACCUAUGGUCUGGCAGCGGCAAUCACGUUCCAUAAUCGGGUUCUUUUAGCGCAGAAGGCCAAAACUGAUCCCUUGACGCUGGAUUGGCUGUAUGCACAUGUGAAGGCUCGGCUUGGUGAUGAUCAUCUUCUUGUUAUCAUGAACGACUUCUUUGACCUGGCGACGUCGGAUGUUGCGAACCAGCUUACCAAGACGAGGCUCUGGGAUCCCUAG